CUCCGCCACCCGCACAUCCCGCCCCCACCCACCCCUUAAGUUCCAGCAAUUCGUACGGGCGUAGCAGACAGACCGAUGACGUCAUUGGAAACAAUGUUAAACAUUUUGUGAAACUAAUAAUUUCCUGGUUCCCCUUACCUCUUUUGACAUGGCGCACUCAGCAGUAAACAAUCGCCCUGCAACCAGUCCUGUUGCUGUUCGAAGCUUACAGGAAAUGCUUAAAGACUCAACAGAUAUGUCUGAAAAUAGCAGUUCAGUCCAUUCUGCAGCUACUGCACCAACACCCCGCCCACACCCAACGUCUCUAGCCCUAGGGACAACCAAUGCUCCGUCAAGUCGUUCCACUCCUACCAGCCCAUCUCAAAAUGGUGAUCCUACAUUGUCGAGAUCACAGGCAUCUAAAAUGGAAACAAUCAAGAAUUGGAGUAUAUCAACAUAUAAAUGUACUAAACAGUUAAUGUUUGAAAAGCUUGGAAAAUCAUCCCGAACUGUAGAUACAGAACUGGAAGCUCAAAUUGAGCAGUUGCGAGACAUUCAAAGAAAGUAUUCCAAUGUUCUCCGCCUUUCUCGAGCACUUACCAGCCAUUUUUAUCAUGUAGUGCAAACACAGCACGCCCUUGGUGAAGCAUUUUCUGAACUAGCUCAGAAAUCACCUGAACUGCAAGAAGAGUUUGUUUACAAUGCUGAGACUCAACGAAGUUUAACUAAAAAUGGUGAAACAUUGUUGGGAGCUUUAAAUUUUUUUGUGUCCUCAGUCAAUACUCUAUGUAAUAAAACCAUUGAAGACACUCUCCUAACUGUGCGGCAAUAUGAAGCAGCUCGAAUAGAGUAUGAUGCCUACCGCACAGAUUUGGAACUUUUAUCCCAAUCUCGAAGUGAAGCCAAUGCUGUUCGACUGGAUGAAGCAACCCAGCUUUUUGAAAGUCACAAAGUUAACUUUGAGAAGUUGCGUUCUGAUGUCACCAUUAAGCUGAAAUUUUUGGAUGAAAAUCGGAUUAAAGUUAUGCACAAGCAACUUUUGCUUCUUCACAAUGCUGUAUCUGCUUACUUUUCGGGCAACCAACAAGCCUUGGAAGCCACGCUGAAGCAAUUCAACAUAAAACUCAAGUCACCAAACUCAUCAAUUCCCUCAUGGCUGGAACAGUAGGUCUUGUACUUGCUCUCCUUCAUAGUUUGAAAACCAUUGACAGUAUGGUUUCUACAUUCUCAUUGUAGGUAUUUGUGCACAUGUGUGUGUAAGUGUGAAUAUGUGUGAUAACAUCAUGGUUCUUUUUUCUCACCAAAGGAUCUUUUAAAUAAAACCAUUGCGAUGUAAUGGUGAUGUUGGCUGCAUAAGUUUUAGAUUAGAGUAGUGUGAACCUUUGGGGAAAAGGAGAUCGUGGCACCCAGGAUUUGUUUGACUGUAUUAAAUGGCCUUCCUUAACUUCAUGAGGAAUUUGUGGCAUAGAGAUUUUACUUUCAUUAAUCAAUAAACAUGAAUACCAUUUUGGUGCUGUUUCGUCCACCAAUUGUUUUAAUUUCUUAAAAAUCAUGAGUUGUAAUUAGGAGAUCCGAUUCUUAAGGUUGUUAUAAAAGAUUUGUACAUACACAUCCAAAGACUUUAUUUUUAUAGCAGAAUAGAUUCAAACAGUAGCUUCAUGUGGUGUAUCAAUUUCAACCUUUUCUUUUUCAUUUGUAUUUAUUGGGAUUUUCUUUCCUAAAGAAACAUUUGUUUGUGGGCACAAAUUUAGGUUUUGUUCACAAUGUUCCCACCUCCACCUUUUCUUACUCUCUUGAAGUAUUUGUUUCUUCCUCUUUUGUUUAAAUUCUUGCUAUGGGUAGACAUCAUUCUUUUGCGGAGAAGUCCACUUCACAGAUUCUGUAUUUUAGCACUCAAUUAUUAUUUGGGUCAGCUUUUGGUUGUGCCACAGAGCAAUGUCCGGACCAAAUUAGUAAAAUGUAUUCCUUUAUAAUUCUUGUUGGUAUGGAGAUGACGAUUUUGGCAGUAAGCUUGCUUUUUGGUUGAUUUGAGUUCCUUGUGUGAACUUUCUUUCACAUUAGGAAAAGUGUGGAAUGGAUGACAGUUUUUUGAACUAGAAUGAGGUUUUUUCAUUUUUGCUAGACCUGUAACUCUCAUUACAUCAAUGUCAUUUUUCCCCAUUGAAGAAUAAUUUGAGUUGACUCAAAAGUAGUAAAUUUUUUUACAUAAAUCAAUUUAAAUUGGUAAUGCUAGUUGAAGACUGUCUUUAUCUCGAUGUACUUAGUUUGUAUCAUAAGCAAAUGUGAAAUUAUUUUGCAGCAGAGAUGCUUACCAUAACAACGAUAAUUUCAGGGUGUUUGUGCAGAGUUGUACCAAACUAUUAGCUGGAUUUUAAAAUUAUACGUAAGACUUUUGUUGUGAUUUAUCUGCGAUUUUAUGUUUUUGUUUUUUAUUUUGAGCCUUUUACAAUCAGAAUAGCAAUCCUUUUUUUUUUUCAACAGUGCUGAACAUAUGCAAUUUUUAUUGAGGAAACUACUUCGUACUUAUGGAUGUGAAUCUUUAUUGCUUAAGACUGCCAACUUGUUGAGCAAUGUCACUCUCUACCUUCUCAACAUUUAUUUGUACUUGCAUUAGUUACAGUAAUAGGCUGUUGCUAUCAUUUCUUUCAAAAUAUUAAUUUUUAAGCCAAGGGUUUUUUUUAUGUUCUGGAGGAUGCAUGGGUAUCAUUGCCAAGAGUUUCAAGGUGUCUUUUCUUUUUUUUUGUGAUUUCUUAACUUUUUAAUACAAUGAACAGUUUUAGUGAGGAUUUGUCCUGUUGGUGAGUUUUGAUCGUCUCAGACAGGAAUGAAACACUAGUCAAAGGCUUCCAUAGCCUUGUUUGCUUAUAAUUAAAUGCUUUGUUCAGCAGAGAAGGCUAUGAAA